AUGACUUCUUCGGGAUUCCCGGUCUACGUCCUCGGCGUGGGCAUGACCAAGUUCACAAAGCCUCGCGGCCAGAUAGACUACCCCGAAAUGGGCUACGAAGCCGGCAUCAAAGCCCUCGCAGACGCGGGUGUGAACUACGACGACGUGGACACGGGGGUCGCCUGCUAUGCCUAUGGAGACUCUACGAGUGGGCAGCGGGUGUUCUACCAAUUCGGUAUGACGGGGAUACCAAUCUACAAUGUGAACAACAACUGUUCGACGGGGUCGACGGGGAUGCACUUGGCGCGCAGGUUCCUCGCGCACGGGGCCGGGAACGUGGCGCUGGUCGUGGGCUUCGAGAAGAUGCUUCCCGGGAGCCUACGGACUCUCUUCUCGGACCGCACGAACCCGCUCGACAAGAGUUAUAUCAUGAUGGUGAAUACUAGGGGAGUGGAUCCUGAGCGGCCGGGAGCCGCCCAAUUUUUUGGGAACGCCGGGAGGGAGUAUAUGGAGAGGUUCGGCGCUACAAAGGAGGACUUUGCGGAGAUUGCUAGGGUGAAUCAUCAACAUUCUCGGAGGAAUCCCUACUCGCAGUUUAGGGAUGUAUAUACGAUUAAGCAGAUUAUGGAGAGUCCCGAGAUUUGGGACCCGUUGACGAAGCUGCAAUGCUGUCCUACCAGUGAUGGGGCUGCGGCAGCGGUGCUGGUUAGUGAGACGUGGCUGCAGGGGCAUCCGGAGUUGAGGGAGAGGGCGGUACUUAUUGCCGGGCAGGCUAUGGCUACGUAUAUUUCCUCUACCAUGCCUCUGAUUAUCCUAAAGUAUAUCUAGAUGUUGACUUAAAUAGAGACUCUCCCGAUUUGUACUCCAAAAGCGCUAUCGACCUGGUUGGCUUUGCUAUGACCAAGUCUGCAGCAGAGAAGGCCCUCUCGGAAGCGAACGUUUCCCCUAGCACAAUCAAGCUUGCAGAACUCCACGAUUGCUUCUCCACAAACGAACUAAUUACCCUCGACGCGCUAUCCCUCUGUCCGCCUGGCAAAGCCCAUGAAAUGGUCCGCAACGGCGAUAUCACAUACGACGGGCGGGUGGUUGUAAACCCCUCUGGCGGCCUAAUCUCCAAAGGCCACCCUCUAGGCGCUACAGGAUUAGCCCAAUGCGCAGAACUCGUCUGGCAUCUACGUGGAUGGGCUGGAGAACGCACCGUGGAGGGUGUAGGUGCGGCAUUGCAGCAUAAUCUGGGCCUUGGUGGGGCAGCGGUGGUAACGGUGUACAAGAGGGCGGAUGGAAGCAAGAGUAGGCGCUUGAGUGACAAGGAGUUGGAGGGAGUUGCGGGAAUUGCAGGGAGAGGGUACAAUCCUGCUGUUGAGGCCAGGGCGGUGACUCAGAGCGAGAUUGAUGUUGGCAAGAGCAGGCGCGCUGCUAGCGGGUGGAUGGACGGUGGGAAACUUGGAGAGACGAGGCUGUAGUGGGCAUUUGGGUUGGGAUGAUAAGGUAUUUUGUGUUCGGAGGGCUUCACUCUCACCAUAAUGAUUUGUAGUUUUAGCUUGCUCUGGUUGAGGAGCUUCCAUCAUGGAUAUCGACUCGUAGGGAGUUUAUGCGUGAUGCUACACACGUUUGUGAGCACCGCACGGGUGUCGUGCCCGGCACAAGUAAUAGAGCCACAAUACUAUU